CCUCAUUUCCCCCACCGGACCGCAGCGCUGCCCGCUCAGCCGUGCAGAGUGUCGUGUAAUCGUCAACCUAAAAAGCCUCAUUAAAAAGCCAUUUUUGGACGCGACUGGGAUAAGUUGGAACUUGAAGGAGAAAAUGGCAUCGGAAGUCAAACGACCCAAGGUGGAUGAUGUCCCUCUGCAGAACUUCCUACGUUGGUGUGACAGCGUCACACUGGUACUCAGCAGCAAGGUCUACGUGAGCAAAGAGGGCUCGGUGGCGGACUACGGGAUGUUUGCCAAGGACCGCAUCGAGGAAGGCGAGGUCCUAUUCACCGUUCCCAGAUCGGCUCUCCUUCACCAAGGGACAACAAAAGUGUCCGCCCUGCUGGAGCGAGAGAAGGGGGCUCUGGAGAGCUCGUCAGGCUGGGUGCCCCUCCUCCUGGCGCUGCUCUAUGAAUACACCUCGCCGCAAUCUCACUGGAGACCUUAUCUGUCGCUCUGGACCGACUUCAAGACUCUGGAUCAUCCAAUGUUCUGGCCCAAAGAGGACAGAGACAGUCUGCUGCGGGGGACUGGCGUUCCCGAGGCCGUGGACGCGGACCUGACCAACAUCCGGAGGGAGUACGAGGACCUGGUCCUGCCCUUCAUGGCCAAGCAUGCGGACCUGUGGAGUCCUGACACGCACACGCUGGACUUGUACACGCAACUGGUGGCUUUUGUCAUGGCCUACAGUUUCCAAGACCCACAUGAAGAAGAGGACGAGGACGAGGAGACCUCCACUGCCCCCAUGAUGGUCCCUAUGGCCGACAUGCUCAACCACGUGUCCGACCACAACGCCAACCUGGAGUUCACGCCAGACACGUUGAAGAUGGUGAGCGUGCGUGGCAUCGAGAAAGGCCACGAGGUGUUCAACACGUACGGGGAGAUGGCCAACUGGCAGCUCCUGCACAUGUAUGGCUUCACCCAGCCGUAUCCUAGCAACAGCAGCGAGACGGCGGACAUCCCGGUCGCCAACUUGCACCACGUCGCCGCCACAGACCCCGACGUGGACCCGCAGCUGUCCAAGGAAAAGUGGGAGGUGCUACGCGAGAUGACGCUAGAGAAAGGAGCGCUCGUUUUCGGCAAAGAUGGCUGCCUCACUGACACGGAGCUCCACACUGUGCUGAAGGUGCUGUGCAUGUCCAAGGAGGAGCUCGCGGACUUCAGAGACAACGACGGCUGGGAGGAAGAGGACGAAGACGAAGAGGAGAGGCUCGCCCGGGCCUUCUCCAACGAGGGGCUGUGCGGGCUGAGGAGCGAGUGGAAGCGGCUCCUCCACGGCGCGGCCCGUCUGACCGUGAGGUCCUACAGCCAGGAGAGCGUGGACAGGGACCGGAGUCUGAUGGAGGAGCAGGCCGCGCUGACUCCACUCAGCAGCAGGCAGAAGAACGCACUGCAGGUCCGCUACGGGCAGAAGAGCAUCUUGUACAAAGUGAUGGAGCUCACAAAGACAUGAACUUGGGAGUGUUCUUCUGCAAACCUUCAUGUUGGUCGUCAUGGUGACGCUGCAACAACAGCAGUUAGGAAAGAUGCUAUUUUAUGUACUUGCUAUAAAAAGUUUUGACUUGAACAUUUCACAUCAUUUUCAACAUUUUUGUAUGUUUUUAAGCCAUUUUCUAUCAGUCAGUAGGGCCCUUUAAAUCAAUCAAGAGGCCCUUUUUCUACAAAAUACAGUAUAUUCAUAACCUCAAUCACAUUCUUCUUCUUUAUCAGUCUCAAUUUACCAAGAUUUGUUUCAUGGUGUAUUUACGUGGCUUCUUGUCACUUUUUCAGAGUAAGUCAUGUUUGGUUUCUGGCUCCAUCUAGUGGUUUAGGGUGGUCAUUAAAUUAAAAACCCCAUUUUUCUUGAAGGGACAUUUAUAUUCCUUCAGUAGUCAUUGGAAAAGCAAUAAAAAUAUCACGAUAGAGGUAGAUUACUGAUGCAUCUUUAAUUUAUAUGUAUAAAUAAUAUAAUAUGGUGUUCCUUGGAUUAAAAAAAGGUCUUAUCUUUGUCCAUUUGAUGUCAGAUGAAACAAAAAUUGAGCACAAUACCCAGCAAUAUGUUUGGAGGAGAAAUAGUGAGGUCUUUAAUCCCAGGAACACCAAACCUACCGUCAAGCAUGGUGGUGGUAGUAUUAUGCUCUGGGCCUGUUUUGCUGCCAAUGGAACUGGUGCUUUACAGAGAGUAAACGGGACAAUUAAAAAGGAGGAUUACCUCAAGUCUUCAGGACAAGCUAAAAUCAUCAGCCCGGGAGGUUGGGUCUUGGGCGCAUUUGGGUGUUCCAACAGGAUGAUGACCCCCAAACACACGUCAAAAGUGGUAAAGGAAUGGCUAAAUCAGGCUAGAGUUAAGGUUUUAGAAUGGCCUUCCCAAAGUCCUGACUUAAACGUGUGGACAAUGCUGAAGAAACAAGUCCAUGUCAGAAAACCAACACAUUUAGCUGAACUGCACCAAUUUUGUGG